CCUUAAUUGCCCAGAAGUGUUUGUAGUUUCAGUAGUUAACUCCACAAAAACCACUAUGCAAAUAUGAAUGUAGCUGAACUAUAAGCAAGCUGCUGCAAAAUGUAGUUAAACUUCUAGGUUAGUAACAUGUAGUUCAUUAAUCCCCAGCACAGAUUUUAAACAUAUAACCAAAAUUAUUUCAGAGAAUUACAACAGCCAAGGCAAAAUUUGUUACAAAAAAGCUUAAAAUGUGUGGGAUUUUCAUAAAGUUAUCUUUGUGUCGAUAAUAAAAUCAUGUAAACUGUGUUGAUUAAAAUCUUAACCAGUCCAUACAUGACACAGCAUACAUAAAAUUCCUAAUAUAAGAGUGACAACAGGAAAAGUGGUUUCAAUAUCUGCAAAAGGGAAAGACAUUACUCUCAAAUCUAACUGCAAGGCAUUGGCUGGAAUAGUAAAUAGGCUAUUAUUGAUUCAUUUGAAAUUAAUUUCUGUAGCUUUGGGUAUUUUAAAAUCAUGUUAACAUUCAGGUUAAAUCUAUGUAAUUAAAAAAAACACCCUACUAUCAGUUAAAUUGGUUUGGGUAUGUUAAAAGUCAUGGGCAGUAUAUCACCAGCAUCCCCAGCUGCCAGAGGUUUGCAGCAGCAGCAUCCUCAGCACGUCAUCAGCAGGCGCCUGUAUUUACUUCUGGUCCAGUUCGCCCGCUGCUGCCCGCUGCAAUGGAGGUAAACAGGGACGAAGCGGAGCGCUGCAUCGACAUCGCGACUGCGGCGCUGACCAACGAGCAGCCCGAGAAGGCGCAGAGGUUCCUGGAGAAGGCGCAGAGACUCUUCCCGACAGAGAAAGCCAAGGUGCUGCUGGAGCUGAUAGCAAAGAAUGGAUUCACACCUCGACAAGGCAGCGGCCACUCAGACUUCAGCGGGGGCUCUGGGCCUCGACAGCGGCAGACCAACAGCGAGGACACCAGACCUGAAGAAAAGCCAUCAGACACCUCAAAAUCCUACUCGGCAGAUCAGCUGGAGGCUGUGAGGAGGAUAAAACAAUGUAAAGACUUCUAUGAGAUCCUCGGGGUCCAGGCAGACGCCUCCGAUGAUGAACUCAAAAGAUCAUACAGAAAACUUGCUUUGAAAUUCCAUCCAGACAAGAACCACACUCCAGGUGCUACGGAGGCAUUUAAAGCUAUUGGGAAUGCGUACGCUGUUCUGAGUAACGCUAACAAGAGACGACAGUACGAUCAAUGUGAAGAGGAGAGGAGGCAUCCCUCAAGACACGGCCCAGACAAUGGAAACUUCGAGCCAGAUAUUUCACCUGAAGACCUCUUUAACAUGUUCUUUGGAGGAGGUUAUCCAUCAAGUAAUGCUAAUGUGUACACCAAUGGGCGGAUGCGUUACCCAAGGCGAGAGAGAAGAGAGCGACAACGGGAUGGAGGCCUCGCUCUGUUCGUACAGGUCAUGCCCAUCCUCAUCCUGGUCAUUGUGUCAGCCCUGAGUCAGAUCAUGGUCAACAGCCCCCCCUACAGCCUCAGCUUCAGGCCGUCAGCAGGUUACACGCAGAAGAGGCUGACGGAGAACCUGAAGGUGCCAUAUUAUGUGGGGGAGCACUUCUCCAGGGAGUUCACCGGCCUGAAUCUGAAGAAUCUGGAGCGGACGGUGGAGGAUGAUUAUAUUUCCAACCUCCGCAACAAUUGCUGGAAGGAGAAGCAACAGAAGGAAGGCAUGCUUUACAGAGCUCGCUAUUUUGGAGACACUGAUCUGUACCAAAGAGCGCAGAGGGCUCGCACACCCAGCUGCGCCAAGCUGUCUGAGAUCUCAGCUUCAUUCCAUGGUUGAUGCUGCUUUCAUAAUUAAAAGUUUCCAGAAUCCACACAAAAGAUUAUCGGCUGUAAAUAGAUGAGCUUUAACAAUCUGGAGACGGAAGAUGAUUCAACAAGCAACACAAACAAACCAGCACCAACCUGCAUCAAAGUGAUCACACAAACUGGUUUAAGCCAUUUCUGCGGACUUUUAGUAUGUUGAAUUAAAAUAUAAUAUGAAUAUAAUGUUUUGACAUGGAAAAAAGAAAAACACUUAAAAAAGCCAAGCCCCAGUUGUGACUGGGAGCUAUGAAGCUGGCAGAGGUCACUUUACGGUUUCUGUGAGAAUGCAGUACGAAACCAGACUGUAGCGAGGUUAGAUAUAGUCAUACGGAUGUUAUUUAUGUAGCAGUUUAUUAGGUACCACAGAGAACACUUCCUCUUUUAUUUCACACGGUCAAAUCAGCGGAGCGGACGAGUUCGGUUUGACUUCAAAUGCACAUUCUGAAACUAUGCAGGAAUAAUGUGAAACCUCUGAUGAAUAUAUAGUCAUAACGUCCAGGGUUUGUCAGACACUUGAACACCUGAGAUUCGUCUUCUUCUGCUGUGUGUGUGAGAGAUAACAAUUAGGAAAUGUCCUUUUACACUUUGCCUCUUUUAAAUGUAGUAGGGAUAGAGUUAUGUAUGUUAACGUUACGGCACUUCACAAUAAAAGCCAAGGGAAUGAGAGAUGUGCCUACCCACGAAGUGGGACUUUAACAGGUUCUAGUUUUUGAGUACAAUGUCUCUGAUGAACAUCUGUUGGAAGAAGCUAUUUUUGUCACGCCUUUUGAGUUUAUAGUAUGCUAUUUAUGUUUUAAUUUAUUUUAAAAAAAAAAAGGAUUAUCAGGCUAGGACAACAACACAGAUC